UUGUUCUGAAAGUUCACCUUUUCUACUAGGAUAUCAUCAUUACUUUGAGCGUUUCAUGUUUCAACAUCUCUUUUUCAACUCUGAUCCUCUGUUAUUUCGCCAUUUUUCGUUGUGGUUCUCACUGUCCGCCGACACGAGGUUCUUCUUCUAUUUCAUCGAGGUGUUCACGUUUUCCGUUAUUGAGCGCUGUUUCGUUCUGCAUUUCCUGUACUCGUACUGUGGUCUGCAUUUUGAACAGAGUUAAAACUGUGCAGCUAAAAGGAUCUCGAGUGAUUAAGACCUGUCCAGUCUAUGGAACGGCAUUUAGAGCUUCUGAGGAAUUCAAGAGAUUAAUCCUUUGGAAUUUUUGUAAAGACCAUGUUACCCCAAGCAAGGCAUAGGGCAAUUAAGCAAGGCAGGUUUAAACCUGAAAAGUCUAAUUUGUCAUAUGCUGAUCUUCAUCAUGAAGUUCUGAAAGGUGGAGACGUGUCAGUUGAUUCUUCACUGAAGCACACAAAACAACAUACUGAUCUCAAGGCAGAUAAAGAAGAUGAGCUUGUGAAGUACAUGUCACAUCUACCAAGUUACCUGGAGAGAGGAGCAAACCCCCAAGAAAAAGUUUUAAAUGUUGGGGUCCUUCCGUGGGGGCGCCUUGAAAAAUGGCAGUGUAGCAAUAAACAGAUCUUAUAUAGAAGUAUCUCUUCACCCAGUAGCAACACAUCUUCCUCGUUUUCGACAGAUGAAUCAUCAGCACGUUCGAGCAGAGGUCAUAGUUGGUCUCCUGCCAGUCAAAGGUUACAACCUCCUUCCCUGCAGACUCAUCUGAUGUCAGUCCCUGUAGAAGGCCAUUUUCCAUUUGAAAAAACUUCCAGGGGAAGUGUUGGAAAGCUUCAAGAUCCCAAGGCUUCAGAGAGCACCAGCUUCGCGGCUCACGGAAAAUUCAAGAGAGAAGGUAAAUCAUUUUGCAAAACUAAUCCGCGAAUGAAGUUUGAAAAAUGCAAGAGAAUGGAAAUAGUCCCAAAGAUUAGUUCAGCAAGUUCAAUAGUGCCAAAUGGGGUAAAAGAUUAUGCGGCAUCAUAUGACAAGGUGAAAAUGAAGAACCAAGUUGGUGAAGUUCUGAAGAAAGUUGAGAAGUUUGAAGAAGUUAUUCCAAACGGGGAUAAAGUAAUUGUCACUGAAAAAAGAAACACAGUUGUCCUCCUUUUGCCAGGAGAUCUGCCCAACAUGGAUCAUUCAGGAGAAGGGGACCUUUCUAAUUUAGCAGCAAAGUCAAGUCAAAAGAAGCAGAACCUAGACAGAGGACCUUCCUGGAAACAUCUAAAGAGGUUCAACAUGCAGCAGUCAGCUCCAAUUUCCAUCAUUCAGGCCCAUUGCCUUAUGAGCUUGAUGACAGUGAACAUUUUCAGAUUAAAGUGACGGGUUUCAAUUCAAGUGGAAACAACAUUCCAUCAGAAAGAUCUCAUUCUGUACCUCGUGCAACAAGGAUUGAAUCUAAUUCUUCCAGAAGCAGAAAUCUAGAGGAGAGAAGGUCAAAUGAAACAACCGUAAAGCCUAAUGCAAAUGAGGCUUGGAAAGGAUCAGACGCUAAGGGAAGCAAGGCUGCAUAUGAAAAAGUACGAAGCACUUCACCUUCUGUCGUUUUAGCUUCAGCAUGGGUAAGGCUGGCAAAGUUUCUUGGCCAAAGAGGGUACUUCUAUACCUCAGGCAGGUUUAACACAUGAUUCUGUCAAAUCAGAUUUACAAAAUCCUCAGAAUGCUGUUUCUUUUGGUGUUGAUACUUGUUGUGGUGACAAACUCAAUGCUAAAAGCAGAAGCAGGUCCAGUCCUUUGAGAAGAUUAUUAGACCCGCUUCUAAAACCAAAGGCAGUUAACUGUCGCAAUUUUACCAACCAAUUGCAGGACUCA